AUGAAGCGGGCGAGGUCGCCGGACACAAGCCCGCCGGCUGGUGAUGCAGAUAGCGCUGCGCACCAGCCCAAGAUUUCGCGAAAGAUACGUGCCUGCCAGGCGUGCCAGCAUCGCAAGGUGAAGUGCGAUCUCGAGAAUGGCCAGGAGCGCUGCAGUCGCUGCACGCGACUGGACAUCAAAUGCGUCGUCAACAAGAGCCUCCAGACGCUGCUCGAUGGCGAAAAUGAGUGGAAGUCGAAGAUGGAGGCCAAGGUUGAGGCUCUUCAAACCGCACUGGCCGAUGUGCAACGCCUUCUCAACGUCCCAAACGGCAACACUGCCAACCUGACAGCAGGCACAGCGGGCAGUCGUCAUACCUCUGCGUCACAAGCCUAUCCUCCGCCGCAACCUCAGCCAAUGCAUGGCCCAUCACCGGUGGUGUCGCAUGGCGCGCAUUCCAGCCUGUCGCCGUCGCUGCAGCGAACGGCAACCGCCAUGACCAGGGAAAACUCAACCGAACCAGAGGCCCCCGAUAGCGACCACCAGGCCAUUGUCAACGCCCCGAUGGCCAGUCUCUUUGAGGCGACUAAGCUGCGCAAUAUCCGGAGCGACCCGUGGGCUCAUCACAGCCAGCAUCCACCACUCAAGUCGGCAGAGACUGAUUUCAUCGCGCAAGGCCGAGUCAGCCUGCGCGACGCCGAAUACCUAUUCGAUACUUUUCGCAGUACUUUGAACGCCUACCUUUGGGGUGGCAUCGCGUUAGUUCAUGAGACGCUGGAUGCAGCUCGCGCCUCGUCUUCUAUUCUCACAUCCGCCAUCCUGGCUGUCACUUCUCUGCAUACGCAGGAUGAGGGUCGCGCCUUUGACAUAUGCUAUCCUGUAUUUCUAGAGCUUGUCAGUCAAGCCGUCUUCGACCGCUAUCACACCCUGGAUGAUGUUCGCGGCCUAUGUAUUGGUGCCUUUUGGCUUUCGGAUCUGAGCUGGAAGCUGUCUGGUCUUGCCGUUCGAAUCGCCACAGAGCUCAACCUACACCAAUUCUGCGCCAAGUCGUUGAGGGACGGCAGCCGCUAUGGAGACGAGGCCCGUUUGUGGUACUUUCUCUAUGUGUGCGACCAUCAUUUCAGCAUCGCCUACGGAAGGCCGCCUGUCAUCGCCGAAAACCCGACAAUCACUUGCCACGAGCACUUUUUACAGCGCCCAGAUGCAACGCAGGCCGACUUUAGACUUCACAGUCAAGUUGGCAUUUUCAUCAUUCUAAGCCGAGUUUUUCAUGCUUUUGGCCCGGAUAGGUCGCGCAUGAUCGGCAAUGAUGAGUUUGAGGCUCUAAGACGGUUUGACGCUGACAUGGGAUUUUGGCGCGACCGAUGGAAGGACAAGCUACAGCCAAACAAAUAUGUAUCGCAAUAUCCGGCCAAAGGAGUGUUUUUGCAUUAUCAUUUCGCCCGGCUAUUGCUAUUCUCCAUUUGCCUCCGCGGCCUACGGCCAUCUGGUGUAUAUGCAAUGUCGCCCGAGCGGCGACAAUUCGUCAACAAAGCCAUUGCCAGUGCUACUGCCGCCCUGGAUCUGACUCUCAACGACCCUGAUAUGAGGGCAUCUAUUAUCGGAGUGCCACUGUAUUUGCUUACAACCAUGGCUUACGCAUGCCUGUUUCUUAUGAAGUGUCAGGCGCAGUGGAAGUCUGCCAACCUGAACAUUAGCUACGAAGAGGUUGUGCCACUCAUCGAAGGGGCUAUUGCUGUUCUCAAUGCCACCAGGCCUUGCGUCCGACAUGUGGCCCACUAUCUUGGAAGCGGCCUCAAUAGCAUGCUCGAGAAGUUCAAGGAGCACCACAAUCUCGACAGGCCCAACGCAGAAGAUAAAGACCAUUCCGCUUCGGCGCAGCAAGUCUGGUCACAGGGCGAAAUGUGGCCAGAUUGGAAUGUAUGGAUGUUUGGCAAUGGCGAUUUGUCGCAGCAGACCCUAAAUCAGGAUAACUACGGCUUGAACUUUUUGGAUGCCCUCAACUCGCAAAUGCCGGGCUAA